AUGUUUCUGAGACUCUGUGCUAAACUCAACUUCUCAAAGAGAGAUCGGCAUGGCUGUGAGAAGGACGAGGAACAGCUCGGUUUAUCUCCGAGCACGAAAGACCACGAUCGCGUCGUAGCAAAUGACGAUGUAGGUGUGUCCUCCACCUCAGAGGCAGAGCUUAUUCACACCAGAAGAGAAAGUCUCCCGGAAGUGGCCGGAGAGAAGCCAGACAAGAAAGACCGGAAGACCCUGCAUGACCGUGAGAAGCAUGACGAACAGCCUGGCACAUCUCCGAGAACAGGAGACGUUUGCGUCGUAGCAAAUGACGAUGUUACUCCCCAAAGAGCAAAUCUCUGGGAAGUUGCUGGUGGAAAGCUAGACGAGAAUGACCGGAAGGCUCUGGGUUUGGAGCGUCCCCUCCUUAUCACGGAUGUCAUCAAAGAUGUGAUCAAGUCCACUGAAGAUAAAUACCGUGAGUACCAGGAAGGCGGGCUCAAGAUUCGCAAGCGCGAUGGUGGGCAUAUCAACGUCCGCGAUUCCGCGAAAAACAUUAUUCUCCAUGCAUUGCAGGCGCAGGAUCUUGUCACCAAAUUGGUCUCCUUUGAUCCGACUGGUCAUGCAUCAAGUGCAUGGUCAGUUGUUUCAAUCGGGCUUUCAAUAAUAAAAAACGACAUUGAACGCCGGGAUGAGAUUCUCCACGCAGCCGAGUAUCUAGCCGACCUUCUUUCCUACUAUGCGAUCGUUGACAAUCAUUAUCGAGAAAGGAAAGUGGAAAGCGAUCGAGAAUUGGAAGACGCUCUGGUUGAAGUCUACAUUGCCGUUCUUCAGUACGCGGCAGAGGUGAAAAAGGCAGAACAAGAAAGAAACGCGGCUCGCAUAUUGAAAAGCGUCACGGCCCUUGUCCAACAGCCGUUCAAGGAACUCAAGAGAACUGUCGAGAAGAAAGAGCAGGCUGUUCAGAAGUGGGCAAAUCUUACGGAAGCUCUAGACCACAAAAGACAAGUAGAAAGCAUGCUCGAAGAAAUUGACGAGGCGGUUGGAAGGCUGAAGAUUAUCCAAUCGCACACUAGGAGCUUGCAAGACCGUGAGAUUCUCAACUGGUUAUCCACGGCAUCCUAUUCAGAUCCCCAAAAUAACACUCAAGGCCACCGCGCAUCAAACACGGGGAACUGGUUUCUCAACUUGCCCGAGUAUAAAGAGUGGAAGAUCACACCUGGAAAGAUCUGUUGGCUUUAUGGAGCAGUCGGCUGCGGAAAAUCGGUUCUUUGUUCUACAGUUAUCCAGGAUAUCGAGGAAUUCUGCGAAUCUGAUCCAUCAAGAAAAUUUGCCUACUGGUACUUUCAGUUCAGCAAUGACGAAACACAGAAGGUGUACAACAUGAUUCGGUCCAUACUGCGACAACUCAUGCCACGAACACUUCCUUCAUCUAUAAUAAAUCUCUGGGAAGAACAUAGCCCUCGGGGCAGUAAGCCACAACAGCAAAAAUUCGCAGAUAUUCUGGACGUCGUCUUGGAAUCUUCCCAGGGCGAGGUUUUCCUCAUCUUAGAUGCACUUGAUGAGUGUCCAGCGACUGGAGACGACGGAAGAAGCUCGCUUUUGCAGUUUAUUGUAGAACUGCUUGGAAAACAUCAAAGCAAAAUGCACAUUCUCGCCACUAGUCGACCAGAGCCUGAUAUACGAUCAAGACUAGAACUAUACCAAAGCGUGGAUCUGGAGACUGGAUUGGGGCAAGAUGUGGAAACUUUCGUCCGUGAUCAAGUUGCUCAUGGCAGGUUGCGUGAAUGGGGCGAGUCGGUCAAAAAGAGGACUCUAGAGAAAUUGCUUGAUAUCCCGGAACGGCGCUUUCGCUGGGCUGAUCUGCAAAUAAAGCGGCUACAAGGGUCCAAAACUGAGGCUGCAUUUCACAAAACUCUUGAUUCCAUUCCAGUCACACUCGAGGAUACCUAUAAAGAUACCCUUGAACGGCUGUCGCCAGAGGAUCGGGAGGCGGCUCGCACGAUAUUGAUUUGGCUCAGCUUUUCUGCCGCCCCGCUGGAUUUGAAGACUGUCGCGGCUGUUGUGUCUUUUCGUUUUCCGGAAGAUGUUGUAACAACCUGCACUACUUCUCUAGUCACUGUGAGCAUGUCUGAUAAUACUGUGAGACUCGCUCAUUUCUCCGUGAAGGAGUUCUUAGUCCGCAACGAAGCCAUGGCUCACUGGUUUCAAUUCUCGGUUAUAUCUGGCCAUGAUGCCAUAACUAACAGAUCGGUUGACUGUCUGCUUGAGAGUACCGAAAUCCUAACCAAGACCGCUGCUGUGCAACAACCACUACUGACAUACGCCGCACAAUACUGGGACUAUCACUUGGCACAAUCAGGAGGUCUCCACACCUGUUGUAUUGAUCUCCAGGAGAAGGUUGACCGCCUGUUCAUCGAACGCAAUGUCUAUACCAACUGGGUGCGCUCGUAUUAUUAUUCUAGGUAUUAUGAUAUGUGGCAUCGAUCUUUCGAGGACCUGCAAUCGCCUCUGAGCUCUGCAUCAGAAAGAGGACUGAAAUCAACGGUUGAUUUAUUGCUUGCAAAAGGUGCCGAUCCUAUGGUGUCAUCUCUUGCUGAACGAGACAAUGCAUUGCUAAAAGCCGCGGAGCAAGGUCACCUGGAGGUCCUACAGUUGUUGUUGAAUAGGGUGGAUGAGAUACCGCGAAGAGUGACUAAGUGCAUGCUGAGUAUUAUUCACGCCGCCGAGUCCGACAAAGAGAAGCUAUCAAUGAUUUUGGACCUGCUUUGGGGCAAGGGUGUUUUGCAUGAUCGAUCAAGAGUACGCCGUAUGGUCGUUGAUGGGGAACUUGUUGAAGCAGCAGCUGCGAAUGACGAGUCGGGCCAUAUGCUAAUUAGUUGGCUCUUAGAUCGAAAAGAGAAAAUGGGUGUCAGGAUAACUGAGAGGUUAAUUGUAGCUGCGCUGGAAAAUCAAAGUCGCGGCGAAGAAAUCAUACACUUGCUUCUAAAUAAGUGUGAUGCGGAUUUGAAGCGUAUUCCAUCAUUGAUGCGGGUGUUUUUUGCCUCAUGGAAUAUUGAUGCCAUGAGUGCCGUCCUCAAGAGGUGGGUGCAUGAUCUUGUGCCGGAUGAGGAGUGUCUCGAUGCUUUCGUACGCGGAAAGAAAGAAGCGAUGGAGCUGCUUCUGCAGGAGCGUGGAGAGGAAGUCCAAGUUACCCAGAGUGUCCUGAUUACAGUUGCCAGCAGUGCAAAUGAUCCACAGACAGUGAGGCUCUUGCUAGACAGGCGGGGGCCCAGAACAGAAAUCAAUAAAAAGGUGCUUUUAGCUGCUGCAGGAAACCAUUCGAAAGGCAGUGCGAUCAUGGAUGUGUUGCUUGAUGAGUGUGAGCAUGACAUCGUUAUUGAUGACGAAAUCAUUCAAAAAAUUGCAGAGAAUUCUAAUGAAGGCUUGGAAAUGAUGAAGUCUCUCCUCUGCAGACAGCAAGCGGGCUUUGUGGUCACCGAGCAAAUAUUAUGCACCGCUGCUGAAAAACACGACCGGGAAAUGCUGGAGCUUCUGGUGAACAAUGCUGAUGGCUCUAAUCUUCCCAUAACAGGGGAAACCUUACGUUCUGUAGCUGGUAAUAAUUAUGAUGGACGAGCCUUGAUAGAGUACCUAUUUGAGCUCCGAGGCCACAGUCUUCCUGUUUCAGAGGAUGUACUGGUAUCUGUCGCAGAUGCAGAUAAUUAUGAGGCGGACGAUGUGCUCACGUUCCUUCUAGAGAGGUUUCCUGAUAUCCCAGUGACUGAUCGACUGUUCGAAGCGUCCUGUAUCCACCAUAAUGCCAUGAGUCUACUGUUGGAUCGACGGCGUGACUACCUUCCAAUCGAAGCAAUGAUCCGCAAAAUAGCAAAAGCACCUGUGUUGGCAACGGGAGAAAAGGUACUGGGGAUGCUUCUGGAUCGGCAGCUUGUGAAAUUGGAUGAAUGGCUGGUGGAAACAGUCGCUGACGAGAACCAUACUCUUCUGGAGGUUAUUUACCAGAGAAAUCCGGAUUUCCCAGUGACACCAAAAGUAGUUGUCAAGGCUGCUAGAAACGAUGGUGCAAUGAGAAUCCUGCUUGACCGACAGAAGAACCAAGUUGUGAUCACAGAGGAAGUGAUCAAAGCUUCAUUGUCGGGACCGUUUCCAAACUGGGUCAUACGCUUACUCCUGACUCGUCUGGAUCGAAACGCAGUGCCAAUUACAGAGGAUCUCCUGAUAUAUGCUAUCAAAAAUGAUGAUUUUUUGCAUCGUCAGAUCAAAGCUCUAGAGUUGCUUUUAGAACCACGCCGUGACCUCAACCUCAGUGCAGUCUGGGAAGCAAUAUGGCAGGAUCCUGAAAUCAAGCCAUCUUCUCUGGCUCUGGCAGCAGAGGCUCUUUUUCAAUAUGUCAGGCUUGAUGUCUCGGAUGAAAUGCUGGAGAGACUCUCAUCUGGGUCCUGGUCAAGCUAUUCCCCCUUGGAUAAUUUCGUCCACUCCUGUAUGCAGUACAAGAUACCGUUACCCACCACCGAGGCAGCGCUCGAGUUGAUUGUUGAAAAUACCACGUUGAACACAGUCGAUAUAUACCUGGAGAACUAUCCUGACACCACGAUUACCAAGAAACACAUCGAAGCUGCCAAGAGGAAUUCGGUAGAAGACAGGUACCGGGAUGAGCUGGUUUCACUUCUACUGUCUGCCAAGUCGAGGGUACCCUCAUCUUGAAGAGCACUGGAGGUCAUGAUGUUUAUUUUGUUUUUGUUUUCUUUUUCUUCGUGUUCUUUCUUUUUGAUGCUUCGAGUUGGAUGGGAAAAUAUCCUUGAUUUAACUCUUGUUUGGUGUUACCUGACCAGAUAGACA